ACUCCAUCAUCACCGCCCGGGAUACCCUUUAUCCGUGCGUUCUUCGCGAGUUACGAUGUAAUACUUGAGAGUUCCGGCGAAGUGGAAACUGGAAGUAAUCAACCACACGCUGAGAGUUUUCCUGAGAAGGAAAGAGAGAGAAUCGAAGCCAUGGAAAGCAUAGCCGAGAGGCUUUCUUUAAUGGAGGACCUUUACUUUCCUCGAGCUCUCCAACCCACCGCCAUUAAUCCUUCCCAGCGCAAGCUCAUCCUAACCGACCUCCUCUCCCGCGACGUCGCCGUUUUCUUAGAACGCUAUGGAUCGAAAUUAACAUCCGAAGAGCUUCUGGAAUUUGAUAAGCACAAAGACAAUUAUGAGGUUAAUUGGCAUUUGAAUCGUCUGAGAAGGAUAAUGAGUCCAACAUCUGACGAGUUGCGGUCGAAAUCGGUGAUGGUGAAGAAUCGGAGGCGCGCCUACCUGGAUAAAUUGAUAUGUGACGGAAAUUACUUCUCUGAGGACGCAAUGAGGGAGAGAGAGCCGUAUUUGCAUCAUGAGUAUGUAGGCAAGUUUCAGGAUCUGAGUGGCAGGAACAUGGUACGACCAGGGGAAAGGUGGUCAGAGACUUUGUUGAGAAGAGCAGAAGAAGCGAUUUUGGUUGCGAAGAUUAGAGGGGAGCAGCAGAGGUUGGGUGUUGCUGAGAGUGACUGGGUUGGUAAUGAGAGAAACCAGCAAGAAGAAGAGGAGGAGGAGGAAGAAGAACAAGAGGAGGAGGAGGAAGAAGAAGAAGAACAAGAGGCAAAUGAAGGUUCAAAAUCUACAGAGAUGCCUUUGGAUCAUCACAGUGCGAGCAGCGGUCCCCAAUCCGCCACAGCAGUGCGCAGUGAGCGACCAUUGUUAUCUGAUGCAGAGAUGCAAGAUCAGAUGGACCAAUUUACCUACAUCAUGCAGCAGAAGUUUCUAUUAGGGGAAGAUUCCGAGUAUUUAGACUAUUCGAAAAUAGACAAUGACGAGACUUUGGAUGAUCACUGGCAGAGGGAAGCCAACCAUGAUGCGGAGGACAAGUACUUUGCUGAAGAUUAAGAAGAGUGGAAGCUACUUAGCUAGAUGGACCAAUUCAUAAUCCUCUUUGUUUACUAGAGUUUUAACCAUGUUUAAGUAUAAUUGACUGUAAUUAAGUACUUGUUAGUAGCUCUCUGUAAAUGUCAUCUUGGCAGCAUUUUGUUUUUAGUUGUUUGCUGGGAAUCAUUUAAAAAGCUCAUACAUAAAUCUAGUAUGGCGUGGCUUCUGCUUUUUGUAUUCUACA